AUGGCCUUCAAGUCGCAAAAUGCGGCAACACCCACCAUAUCACUGCGCGCCCUCGCGCUCAACAAGCGCUUCACGCGCAUCGUCAUCCUCGCGGCCGUCGCGCUCCUCAUCAUCCUCGUAAUCACGCUUCACAAUGCGCACAGCGACGAGCUCCAUCUCCCUCCUGACAUCUACGCCAGCACGACAUCCAGCCUCGUCGCGCUGGUGCCUGCCUUUUUGAAGAGCGAUCCGCCGCCCGAAUACUACCCCUUCUCGACGACCAGCCGUUUCCGCCCCGUCAGCGUCCAGAACCCAUCUGCGAAAUCGAAAGAUGCUCUCUGCGCAACGUUCCCGAAACACCUCCUCGGCUCCGUGCAGCCCGUCCUCAAGAUGGGCCAUGGCGAGGAUAAGGCCAAGAUUGAAGCGCAGCUGGACAGCGUGAGCGCCUGCUUCGACAAGGACGAGCUACUCAUCUUUUCGGAUCUCGAGGAGACGAUCCACGUCCACGAGGUCAUCGAUGUUCUGGCCGAUCUGCCCGAGAUAUACUACGCAGAUGACAAUCCAGACUUGAUGAAUUACGUCUGGCUCAAGGAGAUGAAAGCCAAUGGCACGCUGGACAAGGACAAGGAGGCCAUGGGCAAGAUCAAUGGGUGGAUCCUGGACAAGUACAAAUUCCUGCCCAUGGUGGAGAGGGCCGUCAUGAUGAAGCCCGACAGGGACUUUUACUUUUUCUUCGAGACGGACACGUAUGUGUUCUGGGACAAUGCGUUUCGCUUCCUGCAGACCUUUGACCCCGAGGUCCCGCUAUACAUGGGGUCCCCAUCGCCAGGGCGAGUCGUGGAGGACAAGAGGAUCAAGACAUUCUUUGCCAACGGCGGUCCUGGCUUCGUACUGAGCCGAGGGUCGAUCAAGGCCUUGUUGCAUCGCGAGACGGAUGCGGCUGGCCAGUACAUUGAGCCUCCUCUGUUGGAGAAGUGGCUGCCCGACCUGAGGGGAGAGUGUUGUGGUGACAGCAUCAUGGGAUGGAGUCUCUGGGAUAUUGGAAUCCCUCUGCAUGGGUACUGGCCACAUUUUAAUCCCCAUCCUGCGCAUGGGAUACCGUUCAGCGAUCUAUACUGGUGUCAGCCACCCAUCACUCUGCACAAGACGAAGCCCGAUGACAUGCGAGAUCUGUGGAAGUGGGAAUUUGGUGAGAGACAGCUUGGACGCCCCUUGCUGUACGCCGACCUCUGGCGCUUCCAUCAUCCUGGCGACCCCUCCGUCAAGGACAACUGGGACAAUGGCGACUGGGACGGCUGGUUAGCCCCUCCCGAAGCCAGCAUCGACUCUUUUGACGCUUGCGGCGACUACUGCAAGUCUUUUGACAAUUGCGUGCAGUGGUCGUGGCGUGGUGGUCAAGAGAAGAAGUGCAUCGCCAUGCGCUCGAUCCGAUAUGGCGACAAGCCCACACGCUCGGUUGACGAUCCCCAGCAGGAGAUCAAGGCUGGCUGGGUCAGUGAGAGGGUGCAGCAGUUCCGCGAUGAUCGACAAUGUCCAGUUGUGCAGUGGGAGAAGGCGAGUGUCAGGAGGAUCUUUUGA